UCCGCCCCAGCCUCCUCGGAGCUCCGCGGGUCCCGGCCCAGAGUUUCAGUGAUCCACCUCGGUGCCUACUAAAGAGACAUGAGACGGAAGAAGCUGGAGUUGGGGAACUCUUAAGACAAGGCUGGGCCCGGCCCAGAGGACAAACAGGAUGUGCACAGGCAUCCAGGAGACACGCCUGGGGCUCAGGUAUGCAUCACCUGGGGCCAGCUCCAGGCCCAGCUCCCCGCCCCGUAAAGUCACCUAGGGCUGGUCUGGGAACUUCCUGUGCCUUUCAGGCCCUCAGCCAGGCUGACUCAGGAUGUAAGAAUCCUGGUGCUCUUUUCCCACAGACCCUGGCCAGGCCCCAGAGACCUUGUAGGGUAGGGAGUGAGAAGUGGACCCCUUACAUUCUUUCUAUCCAGGGCGGAUUUUCUCCACCAGAUGGAUACUGAGACAGACCUACAUGAUUUGAUGAGUGCCAAAGUGUCUGAGACCUAAAUUUGACCAUAAUAAUGAGGGAAUAUAUUGGGUCCAAAAUUGCAUUUGCUGACAUUUCUAUAAAAAUGUGGGCUUUCAACAUCCUUAAACGUAGUGUUACAUUGGAAGGCCAUGUAUAGGUUAGAUUUGCUUACAUCCUAAGAAUCCUUGUGUGCACAUAGGUUGCUUAGAAGCUAUAGACAUUAGUAAAUUAAAUUACUUCCCUACUGGAACGUUCUUACACCCUGAGAACCACCGGGUUCCCUCCCUCAAAAUCUUUCCAGUCCUACUGACGGACGGAGUCCUUCCUAGGCCUUCCGAUGGAAAGCCUGCAUCCACCACUCAGAGCUUCACAUCCCAUCCCUGGUUACAUCUUUCUGCUUGGCUCUCUCUGAACUAUCUACACACUCAUCUACUUGUUUUUCUUAAUCACCACCUCCCCCACUAGAACGGCAGUGGUCUGUAGUCUGUUUUAUUUACCGCUGGGUCUCUAGCACCUAGAACAGUGCCUGGCAUGCCGUGGGGGCCACAUAAAUAUUGGUUUGAGUGAAUUAGUUAAUUGAAUUUCUACAACGGAGCAUUAUGUCAUCUGCAUAAAAUACCAUUGCAUUCGAAAGCGGUGCCUGGGCCUUCUCCCUUUGCAAGAAUCCCAGUGAGUGUCUGGCCGUUUCCAUGAAAUCACAGCCGACUCUAAGGUAAAGUUACUCACAGCCUGAGCACAGGCAUACACAGUAGACCCUUGAGCUACAUGGGUCCACUCAUAUGUGGGUCUUUUUAAAAAUAAAUACUGGAAAUGCAUUUUCCUUAUGAUUUUCUUAACAACAUUUUUCUUUUCUCUAACUUACUUUGUUAUAAGAAUACAGUAUCUAAUACAAAUAACAUACCAAACGCGUGUUGAUCGACUAUUUAUGUUAUCGGUGAGGCUUCUGGUCAACCAUAGGAUAUUAGUAAUUAAGUUUUGGGACAGUUGAAAUUUAUGUAAAGAUAUUUGACUGUACAGGGGUCAGAGCCCCUAACCCCUGCACUGUUCAAGGGUCACCAUACAAUGACCCUUGACCCAAGGGUGUAUGUCUAGAUUUUACCUGUAUGUCUGGCACACACACACUCACACACACACACACAUUCAUUCUGACUAUGAGUAACUUGUUUAAUUAAAAUGAGUAUUUAUAUAAUAUAUACUUAUACAGAGAAAGGUGCAUUUUAAGAUUUGAUAGGAUAUGGGCUGUUGUCUCCAAAAUUAAGAGGAAUACAAAAACAAAUUCAAAAAAAAUGCUAAGAGGAGCAUAGAAGGGAAGGGCUGACCUAGCCACCCAGGAAGCAGGAAUAAUUAUUCUCAUUUUACAGACGUGGCUGGUUAAAAGUGCAGAACUCAGCCCCAGCAUUGACUGCUUCGAAAAGCUCCAUGCAGGUGCCACGGGAUGGAGAGGACUUUGCCAGCCAAACCUGGUACCACGGCCCCCUGUCCCGCCAGGGCUAGGCAGUGGAGCGACAGUUAGCCCGCAGGCCUGGAGCAUGUGGGGCAGUCAGGAGAAGGCCACUGUGGGCCAGGGGCCUCCGCUGUGCCCAUACUUGCUCUGUCUUACAUAGGUAGUGACCCUGUGUUGCUGAAGACCCUGAGUCCCCUGGGAUUCACUGCGGACAGUCUCAGGGCCUUGGAUGAGCAGCUCCUUGCCAAGCCACCAACCCAGCCCCCUCAAACACCCUCACUAGUGCGGCCUGAUGCCUCUGGACAGCUGCCAACGUACUAGGAGCUGGUGUCCCAAGUGUUCAGUGCCCAAGGAACAUCCCCAGGCCACAGCUGCCCAGAGCCAGAAGCCCCAUGGUGGGAGGCUCGGGAGCAGGAGGAGGAGAGAUGUUUUCCAAGACCACAGGCAGAGGUGGCUUUCUGCCCACCUGGCGCCCCCUUCAGCCUGCUGGGCUCCCAGAAUCAGCCCCUGGAGCCAGAAGUCCAGCGUGCUCUCCAAGGUCUAUUCCUGGAGCACCGUGCUGGGAGCACUGCCCCCCACUUACUACUGGCAGGCUGCAAACUGAGUCGCAUACAAGGGCCCUUCUUGCCAGGCAGUGGAGAGGCCCAACUGCACCUCUCACACCCCUGUACUCUGUUCACUUGUCCUCUUUGCUCCCCCCACACAAUGCCCCGCCCCCAGGCUGCUGGCCCACUGGGAGUGACCAAGGCUCAGCAGGAUGCCAUGGGGGGUGCCUCUGGCCUGGAGCUGCUCACACUUCCCCACAGCCAUCGCUUGAAGUCAGAACUGGUGGAAAGGCACGAGGAGAUGGUGCUGGCUGGUGCGCUGGCAUUGCUAAGCUGCACAGAAUCGCUGAAGCAGCUCGUAGGCGCCCUGAGGGGCCUGGUGGAGCUGGCACUGGUGUUGCGGCCAGGGGCGGCAGGGGACUUGCCUGGACUGGCUGCGGUCAUGGGCGCCCUGCUCAUGCCCCAGGUGUCCCGGCUGGAACGCACUUGGCGCCAGCCGAGAAGCCAUACCGAGGCCGUGCUGGCCUUCGAGCAGGAGCUGAAGCUGCUGAUGCGGCCGCUGAAUGAGAGCACCAGACCCUGAGACCCUGGAGAGGUGGCGCUACCUCACGUGGUACUAGUGGUGCGCCUGCUGGAGGGCAAGGAAAUCCCGAAGCUGGACAGGAGCUACAAGCAGCUGCUACGCUCUCUGCAGGGGGUGCAUCACAUGGCCCAGGACACGCCCAAAUUCCGUAAGGCUGCAGCCCAGCACCUGCAAGGAUUCCAGCCGAACCUGGAGCUGCAGGACCGCACUGACUUUGUGCGGAGGCUGCUCUUGGGGGGUGGGGGGGAGAGUACCCCGUGAGCUGGUCGUCUGGAGAAGCUUCAGCACAUCCUCAGUGCCCUGUUGCAGCACCUGGAGCCUGACUGCUGAGUGCAGAACCCCCUCUUCACACUGGGACACUCGGACUUCUGGGGACCUCAGCAGGACACCAAGGAAGUCAUCCCAGGUUGCUCACACAGCCAAACAGGGUGAGGACCCCUCCCCUGACUUGCAGAAGGGAGGGGGCCAGGUUUGCUAGACCCACCCUGCCCAGUAAAAAUAAACUGGGAUCCUGGGGUGAGGGAAAGCCUCCUACCCGGCACUAGAAGACACAGAUGUCUGGAGGCCUGGCUGCCCUCCCCCUCCCACCCCCACCCCCACACAUCCCACAAAUGGUGAACUGGUAGCUUCUAAUGAUAAGAGAACUUGCAAAGAGGCCAGAGUUCAAAUGCGUGACUUCUAGCCCUGACUGGUGUGGCUCAGUGGGUUGGGUGUUGUCCCAAAAACCAGGUCACUGGUUUGAUUGCCAGUCAGGGCACAUGCCUGGUUUGCAGGCCAGGUUCCCGGUUGGGGGCUUGUGAGAGGCAACUUAUGUUUCUCUCCUUCCCUUCCCCUCCCUCUAAAACUAAAUAAAAUUUAAAAAUAAAUA